AUGGAUUCAAAGAAGUCUAACAAAAUAAGAGAGAUUGUUAAGCUUCAACAAAUCCUCAAGAAGUGGAAAAAAGUUGCCACAAAUGCUUCCACUAACAACAACUCGAACUCGAGUAUUAAUAGUGGUAGUAGUAGUAGUGGUAGUAAAAGUAUCAAGUUUCUGAAACGAACCUUAUCGUUCAAUGAUCUUUCGAUUUCGAAUGUGGACAUAGUUCCAAAAGGUUUUCUAGCUGUUUGUGUAGGGAAAGAGCUGAAGAGAUUCAUUAUUCCAAUGGAUUACUUGAAACACCAAGCAUUUGAGAUUUUGCUUCAUGAAGCUGAAGAGGAGUUUGGUUUUCAACAAGAGGGUGUACUCAAAAUUCCAUGUCAAGUAUCCAUGUUUGAGAAGAUAUUGAAGGUGGUGGAAGAUAAAAAAGAAGACUUAAACUUGCAUGACUUUGGAUUCAAUGGAGAGAAAGACAUGGUUAGUUGUGAUGUUACUCCUACUCAUCAUGCUCAAGUUUGUAGAUGA